AAGGGCAGAAAUUGAAAAAAAAAAAAAACAAUUUUGACAGUAGUUCGCGUCAUCUUACAAACUCGUUUGUUUUCUCCCAUCGUUUUUUCUGGUUUUGUUCGAGAAAUUGUUGAAAAGAUACACAAUCAUGUUUGAAGUUUGCUGUCGGCUUUGCUUACAACAGGUGCCUUUGCAAAACAUUCAUUCGCUUUACGGCAAGCACAAGGAGUUUCUAAUCCGGGACAAAAUUUUCGAACUGUUUGAAAUUGAGUUUUCAGACACGGAAAAAUUGUCAGCAGUUUGCAAUGAUUGUUUGGAAAAAAUCGAAACUGUCGAUGCGAUUCGAACUUUUUUCUUGGAUGCAGACCAGAAGUUUAAAAACAUCUUGGCCGGAACAACUGGUACAUCAUCCAUCAAGUCUCAUGAUGAGGAAACUAACGCAAAACUUGUUGAGAAUGAAAAUGAAGAGCAAAGUAAUGAACAAUCUGAAGCUCUCAUCCAAGAUAACGAAGAUUAUCUUUCCAACUCAAAUAAGAUUGCCAAAACAAUCAAAGCAGAAAUUGAAUCACCCAAUCACGAUCUGGAUGAUGUUGAAAUUCUUCAAAUUGAGCAAGAAUCCGAUAAUGAUUCGGUUAUCCUUAACGUUUGUCAGAACGAAAAUCUCUCCGAUUUGGAAGUGUCACUACUUGCUAUGAACAAGAUACCUGGAACUCCCCACGAAAGUUUAGAAAAUGACGAUGAUGAAGAAUAUAUCAUGUCCCAAAGUGGAGUUAUGUAUGCCUCAGAUCAAAGCUGCGAUCUGACAACUAUAGAUGAUCCAGCAUCCAUGUCAGAUAUUAUAACAGAUGAAGAAGCUUCUAAUAUGAGAGAUUUUACAGAACAACCGGAAAGUGUUUCGGGAGAACAAGUUUAUGAUAUAGUAACACUCGAAUAUCAAUGCAAUGUGUGCAAUGACAUUUUCGAAACUGCUGUAUCCUUAAUCGAGCACAUAAACUCAUUUCAUAUUAAUGAAUAUCCUCAUCAGUGCAAGCAUUGUCAUUUGGUUUACAAAACUAAAGAGGAAUUGCACGUUCAUGAUUGUUCAGUGAAGCCGAAGAUAUUCAAUUGUUCAAACUGUUCAGACUCCCAUCGGACACUAAAAGAUUUGCGCAAUCACACCCGAAAUUGCCAUGGAUCCACUCAAGCUCUUAGCAAAGCGCCUAAGAAAGAUAACCUAUUCAAGUGCGAUUACUGUACCUUGACCUUGAAUAAUAAUCAACAUUUAAUAGACCAUGUUCAAACACUUCACCCAAACGAUUACGUCCUACAUCCGUGCGAUCAAUGUGACAGAACAUUUGGAAACACACAGUCUCUGAGGGCCCACCUGGCGGCCCAUGAUCGCAAUUACAAGUGCAGUUUCUGUGGCAAGCUGUGCCCAACUGCUGUUUCACUAGCUGGUCACGAAAAUACGCACACGAAGGAACAACCGUUCCAGUGUGCUCAGUGUGGCCGAAGCUUCGCGCAGUACACCAGUAUGCGCCGGCACAUGAAAAUUCAUUUCAAUGAGAAGGCAUAUCAGUGCGAUAUGUGCCCGAAGCGCUUCCGUCAGAAGACGGUUAUGCAAACCCAUCGCCGAAUUCACACAGGGGAAAAGCCGUUCGUCUGUGACACCUGUAGUAAAACGUUCCGUGACCACAGCACAUUGGCAAAGCAUAGGAAAAUUCACGAGAAGAAAAUAACGAAGGUUGAACGGAAAUAAAUGAUUUUUCCAUUUUUUUUACCGAAAAUUCAAUAAAGAACUGUAUGAGCUUGUAAAUUACAAGUUACAAUUUAA